AUUAACCAAUUACAGCAUACCCUGGGUAUGAAGGAAGAGCUUCUACAAAUGUGGAAUGACCAGACAACCUAUGAUGAAGAGCUGCCCUCUGAUGAUACCUCAUUUGGCAUUAUGGAUGAACCUCGAAAAUCGCAUCGGAAAAGCGAAGCUUCCACGGAUUCAUUUUUGUGCCCAAAUUGUCACUGCUUGAUUCCAUCACCUGGUGUUUCCUCAAUGUCCCAGUGGGUUCCUUAUUUACUAUCGAUUUUCUUUCUUUGUAGCAAAGGUAGUGUGCGGGCAAGCCAAGACGAUAUAGAGCUAAUUCAUCGGAAACUACAAAAUUUGGAGGAUGAGAACGCCUCUAUCCGGAAUACUCGUCAAGAUGAGCAGCAAUCUGCGGCCAUGAAGGAGUGCUUGCGCAAACUCGGUGAUGCAGUGGUAUACAUGAAGAAUCUCUCGGAAGAGCAGUAUCGGCGUUAUGAUGCUCUGAUUCAACAACAGAAUCAAGUUAAUGCUCUAGCUGCACGCAGUCGGGAGUUGGAGAGUAGUCUCAACCAAGUUGGUUUGACUAAUGAAAUGCUCGCAUCUAAGGUGGAGGAACUAAACGCCGUCAACCAAAACCUUGUUCGGGAACUACGCGAAAUGAAGGACAAGUAUGAUGAGAGUCUAACUCUCUACUCUCAAACACAAGCCACCAUUCGUAAACUUCGUGAACGAUCUCGAAGGGCUAGUUUUCGACCCGCAAUCCUUUAUAGUCCCAUCUCUUCAAAAUCUCAGUCCCAUUUGUUCUCUCCUUUGGCUGAAAAGCCCCUUUCGAAUCUUGCCGAUGAGCUUGCCCAUUCCUCUUCCAAUGAAGAACCUAUUCAAUCUACCUCGCAUAGUCAGGAAAAGCCAUUGAAACCGUCUAGAACAGACAAUGAAUCGGGAGAAUGGGAUGACCCCACUCUGGAUAGUAGUGGAUUUGUCAGUUCUUCAGAACCCUUUGACCAAAGCCAUCACGCACCUCAACCUUCGACUACUUCUGCAGUAAUGUUUGACAGCCGACGUAUAGCUCUCCAACACGGAAUUAAUAUUGAUCUCGACGACCCCGAUAUAGAUGAUGUCAUGGAAAUAGACGAAGAGUUGGGCUAUGUCGAUGAAUACCCGGAAUUGAUUCAAGCCUUUGAUAAUCAACACAUAUCUAUUCAGCAGCCCACAUUAACUAAUCGAGUUCUCGGACGACCCAAGCUGCCUGAAACCGAAUUACAAUUGGGAAGGCCGGAGAAGCGUCAGCCCAAGCCUCUUGCCACGUCUUCAUUCUCUCGAGAUUCCUCUGCAAAUCGCAGAAGUUGGGUAGUUAAUGAAAACUCCGCUUUUGAGUAUCCUGCCCCGCACAGUUUUGAUGAUACCGCGUGUACCCCCAUGGCGUCUGUUCCUCUUUUUCCACCUCCUAGCAUUCGUCCCCAACGACUUCAGCUGGUGAAACAGCUGCAGGGUUCUGGUGUGCUUCAAAGGUGGCAACGUCUUGCGACACCAAGUUUUACUGCAGCACUCUACGAGAGGCCUCUUAGUGGAGUGGCCAGUAGAGCUGUUGUUCUUCCCUCUGAUGUAGUGGACUCUGACUCCGGUAUACCCACCCUCUCCUCAACUUCUCAACGGUGGUCCUCUGGCUUCGAUCUCAGUAAAGUACCGCAGUCAGGUGAAGACAACAAGUUUGUCCCAAUUUCUUCCCACUCACUAGUUAAGAACACCACGAACAAAAUGUUGAAUGAAUUCUUGUCUCAGCGAUCAUCUCUAGUAAUGCCAGCAAUAAUUCGUCCACAACCUAGAUCUGAACGCGAAAGACAAACGUAUUCGCCGACGAGCUUUCGGGCUAUGUCACCGAGUUGUCGAGGUCUGCUAGAUGCGUCUGAGUUGGCUUCAGAACCGGCUAUCCCUUUUGGAUCCGUGGUAAUGAAAGUACCACCGCCCUCUCAACGACCUAUUUCACCGCAAGGAAGUGAUCGGUCGUCAUCACAACACGUCAGCUCGGUUUUUCGUCGACAGAAUGUUUCAAGAGCUUCACCGACUCUUGAAAGCUUGAGAGAGGAGAGCAACACUUCCAGCACGCGACCCAAGUCAACAAUCGUUUGA